AUACGAUGGACCUUUCAUACGACUUGGUAGCUUCGAAAUGUGCUGAGCAGAUGGCGAGGUAUCAGCAGUGUGUUCUCACGAAUCAGGCUGGUGACUGGGGAUCGAUUUGUCGUCCGGAAGGACAAGCACUGACACUAUGUGCUGAUGCGAGCGUUCCUCAUCUGGCCCAGUUGAAGACCGCCUGUGCUCCCAACAUACAAGCAUAUCGCGCAUGUCUUGACGCACACGCGAAGGCGUCCCAGACCGACAUUGAGAAACGCUGUGGUCAACUUAUGAAGGAUCUAUGGAAAUGCAGCGAAGCCGCCAUGACGCAUAUCAAGCAAAAUGAAGACGACCGUUUGGUGUGACGUGUUUGCAUCAUUCAAACUACGCCUUCCAAGUCUUCGAGCGAUCCUCUCCUAUCAAUCCACUUCGGGUUAUUUCGGGCUCCCGGUCGAUGUCUUCUCAUCCCGCUCGUCUUAUAUUGUACAGCCACCAGCCCGUCAUUGAAUAAUCACCACCCAAAUACAUCUCCUUUCACGACUCGACCUUUCAACUCCUUCCUCUCCGCUCGCCUCGAAGUCAUCCGAGCCACACGUACUAUUUCGCCAUCCCUGAUUGGCGUUAUCUCCUAUCUUGGCUCCCUUGUCACUAAUUCGAAAUGGCCUCGCCACCAGCUUCUCGCAUCUCGCGGAGUCCUUCCCACGCAUCAUGCGAAACGCUCCACUGGCGAGCCAAGUUGCCCGGUCUGGCCAAUGGCCUUCCAUCUUCGGCGAAAACUACCCUUUGUUUU